AUGGCGAGUCAAACCCCAUUGUUUUUGCUGCUUUUGGUGAUUAUAGGUACCCUCUAUCCAAUAUCUGGAACAAUAAGCGCUGCUUCAGACGAUGGAAGUUCUCCUCUUAUUGUCCUACAGCGUGCUUUCCUGUAUUUUGGACAGUCGUAUAAUCAGAUUUAUGUAAACCACAAUGGGCAUCUGACCUUUGAUGCAUCAUGGCAUAGCUACACCCCGCAACUGUUUCCAAUGUAUGGAUCCAGAGACAUCAUCGCUCCAUUCUGGACAGAUUUAGACAACAGAGGAAAUGGUCAGAUCUACUACGACCAAUACACCAGUGGCAGUGUUCUCCAGCAAGCUACACGGGACAUUAAUCAAUACUUUCCAGGACUCAAUUUUAAUGCAAACUGGGUCUUUGUUGCAACUUGGUAUCAGAUUGCCUAUUUUCCAACGAGUGGAACACAAACAACAGUCCAAGCUGUCCUGAUAUCGGGUGGCCAGUACUCAUUUGUGCUGAUGAACUAUGAGCAAAUAGCCUACACAACAUAUUCUAUACAGGCUGGAUAUGACACAGUCAAUUCUGCUCACCAUUUUUCCAUCCCUGGAUCAUUCUCAGGAAACGCAACAGGAGAGUUCUCAAAUUUCCGUCUCAGCAGCAAUGUCCAUGUGCCCGGUCGCUGGGCCUUCAGGACGGACCAUGGAUCAAGAGGCUGUACUUUCAACAGUUUACCAGUGCAGCUUGGUGAUUCCUUCUGGAGUGACAGGACCUGUGCACAGAGGUGCACAUGCACCUCAACAGGCCUGCAGUGCCGCAAUGAGCCGUGCUCCUUUUCACAGAUCUGCCAGCAAACUUCCUUCCAGUUUUCUUGCCAGACAGUGCAGAGACGCGCUUGCACCAUAAGUGGUGAUCCCCAUUACUACACCUUUGAUAUGAGCUCUGAUGUGGUUUUUGCUAACAGCUGGAGAGCAUCUGGGGAUGAUGAGCCUGGUUGUGAGGCACAGUGUGGAGGUCUGGCCUGUGCUGGCUGCACUGCACAACAGACAGCAUUGUACAGCAACACUGACCACUGUGGUAUCCUCCGCAGUAGUUCUGGACCUUUUGCUGCUUGCCAUCAACAACUUCCUCCACAGUCCUUUGCGGACAGUUGUCUGUAUGAUCUGUGUGUAGGAGGAGGGUACCAACCUAUUCUCUGUCAAGCCUUAAGUGUGUAUGCAAGUCAGUGUCAACAAAAUAAUAUUCGGCUGCAAAGCUGGAGGAGAACCGGCUUUUGUGAAAUCCCAUGCCCAGCCAACAGCCACUUUGAGUCUGAAGGCACAGGAUGUCCAGCUACUUGUCUCAAUCGCAACUCCACCCAUAACUGUCCUCUCCCUGUGCAGGAAAGCUGCAUCUGUGAUUCAGGCUACAUCCUCAGUGGUGGGGUCUGCGUCCCUCAUGCUGAGUGUGGCUGCAGCUUUGAGGGCCGUUACUACCGCUCUGGACAAACUGUAAUACUAGAUGAAAACUGUGGGAGACGUUGUAGCUGCAGUUAUGGCUCCAUGACUUGCCACUCUCAUGGUUGUGGGCCAUUUGAAUCAUGCAGGGUGGAGGAUGGAGAAAGAGGAUGCAGACCAAAUAGCUAUGAAACAUGCUGGAUCAGAGGCCCGGGGUCAUAUCAGACAUUUGAUGGACUGACAUACCAUUAUCCUGGGGCGUGUCGAUUGACACUUGCCAAAGUUAUGGGACUGUCCAGUCACCCAAACUUCACGGUGACAGCAGAAAAAGUGCCAAGAGGCCAGCUAGACUUUUCCAAUGUGCUAAAGUUUGAGGCAGAUGGGACACAGGUCUCAAUUGAGAUGGAAAUAAACGGCAAAGUUCAGGUGGCUGGUCAGGUGAUCAGGCUGCCUUUCAGCGCUGGGUCCAAUGGAAUCCAAAUUUUCUACAGCAACCUGCGCAGUGUCAUCAUUCGCACCUCCUUUGGUGUAACUGUGCAGACAGUCUGGCCUCACUUUGUCCGUGUCACUGCUCCUGGUGUCUACAGCGGUUCACUGGGUGGACUCUGUGGUAAUUACAAUGGUCGUCCGCAUGAUGACUUCCGCACACCCAAUGGUGUCCUGGUGAACAGUUCUCAGGAAUUUGGAGACAGCUGGCGAGAUGGCUCUCUGGCUGCUCACUGCGUGGAAAGCAGAGGUCAUGAUCCUAGGACCGAUUUUAAUUCUAGUGAGUACUGUGGCAUUCUCAGCUCACCAGAUGGGCCAUUUGUACCCUGUUGGUCUGUGGUUGACCCAAGGCAGCAGGUGGAUGUAUGUGUGAAGAUCAUGAGGGGCUCUAACAAUCCAGCAUCAACUCUGUGUGACGUCCUACGAGAUUAUGCACUAAUGUGUCAACAGAAGGGUGUUGCCUUAGGACAAUGGAGAAAUGCAACUGGCUGUGCACUAACCUGCCCGUCAAACAGCCAUUAUGAACUCUGUGGAACCUCUUGUCCUUCUGCUUGCCCCAGCCUCUCUUUCCCCUUCACUUGUGAUACUGUGUGCCAGGAGGGCUGUCAGUGUAACAAUGGUUUUAUCCUCAAUGGUGACCAGUGCGUUCCACCAACAUCUUGUGGAUGCUAUCAUCAAGGACGCUAUCGCGAAAGUGGUGAGCAGUUUUGGGAUGGUGAACAAUGUCAGAGCUUGUGUACCUGUAACGGCGCUACAGGGAACGUCCACUGUACUCCCAACUCCUGUGGGCCCCAGGAGUCCUGCCGUGUGGUGGAGGGCGGGUUUGGCUGCCAUCCCAACCCUUCUGGCACCUGCUCUGCCUCUGGAGACCCUCACUAUUUCACCUUUGAUCGUAAGGCCUAUGACUUCCAAGGAACAUGUCGCUAUGUUCUGGUGACCCUUUGUAAUGCCACUAAUGAGCUGAAUCAGUUUUCUGUGGAAGCUAAGAAUGAGGCAUUGAAUGGGUUGCCAGUUUCAGUCACAGCAGAAGUUUUCGUGAAUGUGUGGGGCUAUCAUGUGCACAUGUCAAGAUACAACAGGGGUAUGGUAGAGGUAAAUGGAAUAACGCAGAAUGUACCAAUUCUCUUGAAUGGAAGUCGAGUAUCUAUCUUUGCCAGUGGAUCUCGAACAAUUGUCCGCACUGAUUUUGGCUUAAGCGUCAUAUACGAUGGAUGGAGUACAGUUUCUAUCACUGUGCCUCCAAAUUACAGGGGAAAAACAUGUGGACUUUGUGGAAACUUCAAUGGAAAUUCAAAUGAUGACUUCUACACCCCAUCAGGAAUAACAGUCACAUCUCCAGAUGAGUUUGGGAGAGCCUGGAAGGUCCCAGGAAACUACACCUGCAGUGAUGGAUGCGGCUCAUCAUGUCCGAGAUGUCCCAAUGAACAGCCCGCUAGAGGUCAAUGUGAGGUGAUCCAGGCAGCUGAUGGCCCCUUCAGUUUCUGCCACGAUAAGGUGGACCGUGCACCAUAUUUCAACGACUGUGUGUUUGACGUGUGUGUGGCAGGAAAUCGAGGUCAUGACCUCCUUUGCAGGGCUCUUGAAACAUAUGUUAGAGCCUGUCAGUCUGCUAAUGUUCAAAUCUACCCUUGGAGACAAAAUACCACCUGCGCAUUGAACUGUCCAGCCAACAGCCAUUAUGAGCUGUGUGGUACUGACUGUGGCCACACCUGUGCCAGCAGUAAUGAUACCACCUGUGAACAGGCUUGCUCUGAGGGAUGUUUCUGUGACGAAGGCUACCGCAGGAGUGGAACCAGUUGUGUCCCAGUGGAACGCUGUGGCUGCCAGUAUAAUGGAUUCUACUAUAAUGCUGGCGAGUCCUUCUGGACAGACGGUUGCUCACAGAGAUGUGAAUGUCACGCUCCAAAUGACCUGCGAUGUUCUGCUGAGUCUUGCACUCCUGCACAACAGUGCUCCAUCAGAGACGGCCAGCUGGGCUGUUACGAUGCCAUGUCCACCUGCACAGUGUGGGGGGAUCCACACUACAUCACCUUUGAUGGAGCAGUGGCUCAUUUCCAGGGAACUUGCUCCUACAUCAUCACUGAGAGCACAAACCAUGGCACUAACGAAACCCAGUUCCAAGUGAUAGCCACCAACAAUCACCGUGGAAACAACCGUGUGUCAUUUGUGUCUGCAGUGGACAUAUAUCUCUCAAAUCAUCCAGAAAGUGUGCACAUCAGGAUCGGACCCAAUAAAAGAGUAACGGUAAAUGGUGGAGAAGUGUCUCUUCCCACCUCUGCAAGAACUUUAGCUCAGGUGGUAAGGGAAGGCAGCUACAUAGUUGUUGAUGCACUUGACCUGGCGGUCCAGUUUGAUGGCCAGAGUACUUUGUUGGUAAGAAUCGCCCAAAACCGUCAAAACAGAGUCACAGGUAUGUGUGGAAACUUCAAUGGCGACUCUGGGGAUGACAAAGUCUCACCCAAUGGCACACUGGCACAAAAUGACAAUGACUUUGGACAGAGCUGGAAGUCAACAAGAAGCCAACCAGGAUGUGGGUCUACUGAUCAAAGAAGUGGCGAUGGACUGAAUGACUGCACCUUUAGAGAAGAAUACUCCCAACUCUGCAGUGUCAUCACCAACACCACCGGUCCAUUCAGAGCCUGUCACCUGCACUCUCACCCUGAGCCAUUUUUCUCUUCCUGUGUCUAUGACCUCUGCCUCUACACUCCAGCCAAUGGCAUGCUGUGUUCUGCUGUCUCAGCCUAUGAGAAAACCUGCUCUGUUCUAGGGCUAGACAUCCCUGACUGGCGCUCUGGUUUACUGUGUGAGGAGUCAGACCCAUGUGAACAGCUGGACUGCACCGAGUACGAGUGGUGUGGUAAGAAGGACGGUGUCUAUGGCUGCUUCUGUGAUGAACACCAUGACCGAGGCAACAAUGAAAGCUAUGACUCAGCCAUCACUUGUGCCAGUAGUUCAGGCACCAUGUCUGUGUCCCGUUGUCAGCUAUUUGAGGCUGGCUUUCACUCUGAUGCCCUCCAUCUCCGAGAUGAAUCCUGCAAUGGGACUCUUGAGUAUGGUCGACUGGUGUUCCACUUUGACAAUGACAAUCAUCUGUGUGGGACAGCACUCAGGAGCAAUGGAACACAUUUCAUGUAUGAGAACAUCGUCCAGGGUUUUGUGGAUCCUCUUGUGGAUGGAAGACUUAUCAGCCGCCAGAGGAGCAUCAAUCUGCGUUUCUGCUGCGAAUACCCCCUGAAUCAGGCCCUGUCUAUGGCUGUGGGCAUCAAUCCUGUAGAAAGCAUCAUUAGGAAGAAGAUUGCAACCGGUCAAGGACAGUACAGCUUGAGAAUGAUCCCCUUCCAGGACCCUGGCUUCCGCUUCCCCUUCAGCGGUGACACAAACAUACAAAUGGAAAUAGAUCAGAGGUUAUAUGUGGCGGUGAGAACAGAAGGAGUGGAUCAAAGCCAGAUCUCCACCAUUCUGGACUCCUGCUGGGCCACACCAGUCAACAUGCCAAAUUACCCCGUCCGCUGGGAUCUUAUUACUGCAGAGUGUCCCAAUAAAGCCGAUGGAACAGUAGAGCUGAUUCAGAACGGCAUCUCUAUUGAGGCCCGAUUCUCCUUCAGGAUGUUCACUUUUACCAACUAUUCAUCCAUUUACAUUCACUGCAAUGUCCACCUGUGUCUUUUGAGACACAACAAUUGCACAGCUCGCUGUUACCCGGGUUACCACAGGCGAGUUCGGAGGGAUGCAUCCUUCCAUGAGACUUCAUCCAUCUCACUUGGACCGCUUGUUUCAAGGCCAGGUAGCAGAGACCCAGUGAUGCAAUUAAACAGUGGCCAAAGCCAAGUGACACCUCUGCUAGCCCUGGUGGCCAGUUUGAUCCUAGCCAGCAUGCUGGUAACCUUGCUGGUCAAACGGUUUGCUCCCAAAACUCCAGUCUAGAAACCGCCAAAACUCUGGAGAUCAAAAUUGAUCCAUAUUUUGAAAAUCAUUCAUUAUUCAGUUACUUCUAAAUGGUAUUUUUCAUCUGAGUGUUCUUUUUUCUUUUCUUGAGGAGUGUUUCUUUAGUUGUGGUAAGGUGUGCAGUAAGUUUGCUUUAAAUCUAAAUGGGAUAAAAUAUGUGUGAUAUUAAAGUUUUAACCUUCUUGUUGCAUUCACUGUUUGUUGAUAAGAUUAACUUGUUCUUGGUUUCUGUGUGAGAGUUUUUAUAAUUAAAUCUACAUCAUAAUUAAAAUAAUGAUGUAUAAUCAAGGGCAAAUCAAGGAUUAAAUAAAGUAUUUAGUGCACAUAUACUUGUCUCUCAGAAACUCAACCAACACUACUUUGGAUUUACAAAAUAAAGUGAUAGUACAAAGUGAAGUACAAUAAACUGGGUACCUACGGUUUGAGCUACAAUUUAAUAUCAUUACCUGAUUACUAUUUUUGCUUCGUUUUAUCAGUUGAAAUAAAAGUUAAUGAAUGAUCGCCUAAAUGUAUCACAAAUCAUUCAUAACAUUGAAUAAAAAUCUGAUUAUGAA